GUGUGACAGUGGGCAGAGUGGUGGAUCUGCACAAGAGAAUCAUCGGAGGUGUACCAUGUGGUCCUACUGACCGUCCGUACCAUGUGAAGCUGAGACCAUAUGAAGGGACAGUUAAAUCCCUGUGUGGUGGAACUCUGAUGGAUAACCAGUGGAUUCUGACUGCAGCUCACUGUGUGGAGCCGGGGAGCACGACAAGGGUGACAGCAUUUCUAGGUUUGAAUGGAAAUGGCGAAACAAACCCAGUUGAUAUCGAUAUGAACUCUAUUGAAAGACAUAAAGACAACCAUGACAUGGCGCUGAUCAAGUUAACUAAGCCUGUGACGGUUAUUAAACCUGUUCCACUUCCUGACUGUAGCAAACCUCUCAAAAAAGGUGACACAGUUCAGAUUGCAGGUCACGGACCCACAGAGCAAACCCUAAAAGGUUCAAAACUAGUAUACGGCACUGUGUCACCAACUCUCCAAUGUGCGGAGACCUACGUGAUCCAGCAGUGUCCGGCCGCAAGCUGUACAUCUAAAUAUGCCUAUCACUUUGAUCCUAAACAAAUGCUCUGUUUCCAAAGAGCUUUAGUGGAUAUAACAGGCGGGGACUCUGGUGGAGGAGUGAUGGUCAAUGACGUGAUCUACGGUGUGCAAGUACUAAGCGCUGAGAAGGCUUGUAAAUCCCCAUCAUUUGCAAUGGACGUCUGUAAAUACAAAAAAUGGAUCGAAGGGGUUACCGGUCUUAUCUUUCCAUGAGAAGUUUCAAUUGAAUGAGAGGUCCUGUAAUUGAACAGACCUUCACACGUAUUAAAACAUUCUGAUUGACUCUAAAUUGGCUGAUGAUACAUUUACAAUUGGUUGGUUUCCAUUAAAUAUUCAACUCUUAUUAGAAAAGCUCUUUAAGAUCAUUUUAGCGUAUGAGUUAUAAAUGUUAUUUUGAACACUCCUGCCAGCAAACUUUUGUUACGAGAGAAAUAAGAUCUAUAUUUUCCCCCUUUUUUUAUUUCAAUUUGGAACUCAAUUGUAAAAAUAUAACCCUUUUCAAUAGAAAUUGAAUAAUAUGAUACAGAUUGUAUUUUAAAAACAACAAAUGGCCAAAUAUAUAGUAUAAUAAUAUAGUCUGUGUUUCUUCUGAACAUGCUGAUCUCAUUCUCUGUUGAGCUCAAUCUGAAGUAAUGCAUGUAAUUCUUGUUUCCCUCAAAAUCAACUUCUUGUUUAAUGUUGUCAUUUAAAAUAAAAGAAAGAGUCUAAAUCAA